UUUAUUGUAUUUUUUGAAUUUCAGAUUAUAGACCACGACUUAACACUAACCGCCUCCACAAGAGCAUCGACUGGCGAGGGGUUGCACUGUUGUCAUGAAGAGGCGCGUCGGGCCACUAAAAUCCGUCACCCGGCCUGCAAACCCAUUCUCAUACCACGAGACGACCCAUUUUACAGCCAACACAACCAUUUCUGCAAUAAUUUUGUCAGAAAUGCAGCCGGGCCUAAAUAUGACUGCAACCUAGGAUACAGGGAACAAAUUAAUACACUGACACAUAUAAUUGAUGGGUCAAUGGUUUAUGGCUCUACAGAAGACAGGGCUAAAUUUUUGCGAUCUUUUCAACACGGGAAACUAAGAGUAGAUAAAGUGAAUGGAUAUGAAUUCCUUCCUUUUGACACUCAAAACAAAUCAGAUGAAUGCGAAUGGAGUGACGAAUCGGUAUAUCAGGAAACCAGAAGAAUAGUGGCCGCAGAGAUUCAGACCAUUACUUACAAUGAAUGGAUGCCUUUAAUAAUAGGCCGAAGUGUUAUGAAAGAGUUUAAUCUGUUAACGAAACCAAACGGAUAUACCUAUGAUUACGACAAUCAUCUGAAUCCCGGAAUCUUUAAUGAGUUCGCAACUGCUGUCUAUAGAUUCCAUACACUCAUUCAGGGUUUAUUGAGACUUUUGAAUAAUGCGGGACAAGUGACACAAACCAUUCAACUGAGAAAACAUUUCAAUAACCCGUCGGCUAUGUAUAGAAAGGGAGCUUUCGAUGAGUUUUUGAACGGAUAUACAGGAAAUCCGACUCAAACUUUUGAUCAGUUUUUCACUGAAGACAUAACAAACCAUUUAUUCCAAGAACACAAUUCCCGCUUUGGAAUGGAUUUAAUUGCACUCAACAUUCAAAGAGGACGAGAUCACGGGCUGCCCGGCUAUAAUGACUUCAGACAAGUAUGUGGUUUGCCUCGAGUCCACACAUUCAAAGAAUUAGAUCAAGUGAUGCGUCGCGGGUCAGCACAGAUCAUGGCACAGGUCUAUAGACAUGUCGAUGAUAUUGAUUUGUUCAUUGCUGGCAACCAUGAGAGACCACUUCCAGAUGCAGUGGUCGGACCCAUAUUUGCGUGCAUUUUGGCAGAACAGGCCCGAAGAAAUAAAGUCGGCGAUAGGUUUUGGUUUGAAAACGCAAAUAUGAAGCACUCAUUCAAUGAAGGAACCCUCGAAUUGAUUGCUCCAAAAUCACUCGGAUGAAUCUGAAAUAUUGGAAAAAUGAGAAAAUUUGGUGAUUUUUCUCUAACCCAAUCAAUAAAAUAUUGAAAAUCUUAUGUUAUUUAAUGUGAAUGUAAACU